CUUAGUUAUAUCCUAAUUACAUUUGCCUAGAAAAGAAAAUUGAUCUGCCUGCAUAACUGAACAAUCGUCAACGAGCAGGGCCGAACAAAACCUCAUUUGAGCUGCCCCAUAAAGAUUGAAAAAUCAUUAUGAUUUAAUCUAAGGGAAAGUAGGGAAUGCCACCAAAGAAGUAUAAUACACGUAGCAGAGCUACGAAAGAGGCCAAACCUCAAUCGGCAACCCAGAGAUCUACAGCUACCAUUUUUCAAAAUGUCGACCCUGAGACUUUAGCAUCAUCAGCAGCUACUGAAGAGCCAAAGCCAAAUGAUUCAAUUAAUUCAGAGAAACAACAAGAACAAGAAAGAGAUGUUGAAUUAGAAACAGCCGGAUUUCCUUUUAAUAUUACUUAUAGAGUUCAAGACUUCUUAAAUGAACAAUUGACUUUGUUAAAAUCUGUUCAAUUAUUGGUAUUCCUUUAUCUAUCACAAAUUAUAUAUGCCAAUUACGAAAAAUUAGAAAAAUUAAAUGAAACCUGGUGGGUUAUAGGUGCUAAUUUUAUUGGGAUAUUAGCAGCUUUGAUCUUAAAUUAUGUUAAAGGUUUUGCUCCUGGAGAAACUAAAUAUCCUCCAGAAUUUAAUUAUCUUUACAGUGUUUUAUUACCUUUAUUAUUUAGUAUUGUUCAUUAUAAUGAAAAGUUUUUUAAUGUUAAUUUAGCCCUCAAUUAUUUCAUUGUUGAUAGAUUACAUCCAUUUUUUGUUGUCUUCAGUUCUAUUGCUUUUUAUGAAAUUUAUAACACCAGUGAAGAAACUCCAACUUUCCAAUAUGUUAUAAUUUGUCUCACUCAUUUUGUUAUUAGUAUUGGUUUAAAUUAUAUAAACGAUGGAUUCUUUGAUGAAGACAUUGAAAUUAUUGAAAUUGAAGUUGACGACGAUGAAAUCGAUAUAGAAGAUGAAAUAAUUGAAAUUGAAGUUCAAAGAAGCUUCUCAAGAGCUGAAAUUCAAUUAAUUUCAGUGAUCUUUACAAAUCUUAUAUGGAAUCACGAUUUAGUUGAACCUUAUUUGCCGUUAGUUAUCUUUCAAAAAUUAUUUGUUAGUUUAGUUGCCUCAACUUUAUUUUCAUAUCCACUUUAUUUAUACUUACCAUAUAUUGUUACAGGUCUGGUAUUUUCAGCUAUGUUUUAUUUCUUAACUAAUUAUCAAUUACAGCCAACCUUGGGUGAGAAUUCCGUUGUUUGGAUUUACACUUACAUUUUUGAGAAUGAAGAAAGAUUAACCUUCUUAAAAGUUUGGUUGAGUUUGUUAGCCGUUAUAGUUCCAACUAUAUUCUAUCUUGCUAAGAACUGGUCAAAAAAUUGGAGAAGAAAGAGCUGGCAUUUCUUAAUUAUUGUAAUCUUAUUAUUCAGUCCAUCAAUUUUAAUUGAACAAGUUGAAUUCACUUUGAUCAGUUUACUUGGUCUUAUAAUAGUAUUCAUCUUAGCUGAAAUUAUAAGAUAUUCCAAAUUUUCUUUCUUAGGUAAGUACUUGUCCAAAAUUUUAAUUCAAUUUCAAGAUGAAAAAGAUUUACAGGGUCCUUUUAAUCUUUCCUACAUCUACUUAUUAGUAGGCAUAACUAUACCAAUUAUAUAUGAUUAUAUUUUAAAUGGUACAACACAAGUUAGUAUUAUAAGAUAUAUGGGAGUUGUUGCUUUAGGCUUAGGUGACGCAAUUGCAUCCAUUAUAGGAGGAAGUUUUGGUUCAAUAAAAUGGAAAGGUAGUGAUAAAUCCAUUCAAGGAAGUGCAGCCUUUAUUAUUUCUAAUUUAGUUGCUUUUAAAGCAAUUGACUACUAUUUAUCUACUAAUUUCAAUUCAGUUUAUAUCCCAAUUGAUCCUCAUUGGGAGAAUUUAUUUGUUGUUACCUUCUUAAGUGCAAUCUUAGAAGGUACUUCUAAUCUUAAUGACAAUUUCUUUAUACCAAUUAUUUUACCUAUUGGUUAUGAACUUAUAAAUAGAUGUUACUAAAUGUAAUUUUAAUUUUAGUUUUAGUUUUAAUUUUAAUUUUAAUUUUAAUUUUAUUCAAUAUUCUGUACGAGUCAUUCUUCUAUAUUUACAAGUAUAAUAAAAUAUAUACAUAUAC